GGACAUCUGGCAGCAUUUCAAUUUCAGUUUCGCGACGACUCUCAGACAGCCGGUCUCUAUUCCAGUUCUUAAAAGUAAAUACCUCCCAUAUAUUGCUCAAUAUGGCCGAUCCCAACGCCAAGCCCAAGUACACAAAACUCUUCAUCAACAAUGAGUUCGUUGAUUCGGUGUCUGGCAAGACCUUUGCCACUUUCAAUCCGGCCACGUCCAAGGAGAUUAUUAAAGUCUCCGAGGGAGAUAAGGCUGAUAUAGACCUGGCUGUUAUUGCGGCCAAGAAGGCCUUCCAUCGCGACUCGGAGUGGCGCAAGUUGAGUCCUUUGCAGCGCACCAAUCUGAUGAACAAGUGAGUUUAGCUCUACGAAACCCUUUAAAAAAAUCUAAUAUUAAUCCUAUAUAGACUCUGUGCUUUGAUGGAUCGUGACAAGGCCUUCCUGGCCAGCCUGGAGUCCCAGGACAAUGGCAAACCCUAUGCCGAGGCCCUCUUCGAUGUGACCUACUCCGCAUUGACACUGCAGUACUAUGCCGGCUGGACCGACAAGUUCUUUGGUGACACCAUUCCCGCCGGAGGCUUCACCUCGAUGACCAGGAAGGAGCCGGUGGGCGUGGUGGGUCAAAUCAUCCCCUGGAACUACCCACUGCUGAUGCUGGCCUGGAAAUGGGGACCCGCUUUGGCCACUGGAUGCACCAUCAUCAUGAAGCCCGCGGAGCAGACGCCUCUGACUGCCCUCCACAUGGCUGCCUUGGCCAAGGAGGCGGGCUUCCCCGCUGGAGUGAUCAAUGUGGUGAAUGGAUUUGGACCGACUGCAGGAGCUGCCAUCAGCGAGCAUCCCGAUAUUGCCAAGGUGGCAUUUACUGGAUCCGUGGACAUUGGCAGGAUUGUGAUGCAGGCGGCGGCCAAGUCGAAUUUGAAGCGGGUUUCCCUGGAGUUGGGCGGGAAGAGUCCCGUGGUGGUCUUCGAUGAUGCCGAUAUUGACUUUGCUGUGGAGACCACCCACGAGGCCCUGUUCUCGAAUCACGGCCAGAGUUGCUGUGCCGGCAGUCGCACCUACGUCCACGAGAAGAUCUACGAUGAGUUCGUGGCCAAGGCGGCGGCCAAGGCCAAGGCCCGCAAGGUGGGCAAUCCCUUCGAGAAGGAUGUGCAGCAGGGUCCCCAGAUCGACCAGGAGAUGCUGACCAAGGUCCUGGGCUACAUCGAGAGUGGCCAGAAGGAGGGAGCCAAGCUGCAGACGGGCGGCAAGAGGAUCGGCAAUGUGGGUUUCUUCGUCGAGCCCACCGUCUUCUCGGAUGUCAAGGACAACAUGCGCAUUGCCCAGGAGGAGAUCUUUGGACCUGUGCAGUCCAUCUUCAAGUUUAGCACUCUUGAAGAGAUGAUUGACCGGGCCAACAAUGUGCAAUAUGGCCUGGCCGCCGGCGUUAUUACCAAUGACAUUAACAAGGCCCUGAAGUUUGCCAACAAUGUGGAUGCCGGUUCCGUGUGGAUCAACUGCUAUGACGCCGUCCUGCCCUCCACUCCUUUCGGUGGCUACAAGCUCUCGGGAAUUGGCAGGGAACUGGGCAAGGAUGGACUGGACAACUAUCUGGAGACCAAGACCAUCACCAUGAAACUGCUUUAAGCUGGCACUUGAAGGGUUUCUCAUUUCGUAUACACAAUAUUUGUAUUUUAUUCGCACUUGUUUUCGCUCUUGUCAAUGGUUAGACUAUUGCCUUUUUAAAAUAAAACUUUUGGAUUAAAA